CGGGCUUCUCUACAGGUGCCUUCCUCGACGCUGUCACGACCACCACUCGCCCCUUGCUCUCCGUGCAGUCUGCAGACGGUCCUCUCGGCAUCGGCCAUUCUUUUCACAGUCGAGCGUCAAUCUCACACCUGCCUGUCCGUCUCCAGUCUCCCCGCCGAGCCGGUGCGUUGGAUGAGACACUGCCCAGCAAUCCCCGCAGUGUUAGUCGCCAGUGUAGCUGCUUCAAUGGCUGGCGCGAGCUCGCUCUUUCUCCCAUAGAUAUCCCUCUCAAUGCCCGAAACAACAGCCCCCCCCGUGGCCGCGGCGGAACCGCCCGCGGCGCCCACGACAAGGCCCAGGAGACAAAAAAAGACACCAGUGUUGCCCAAGCAGGUCUCUUAUCCGUUCUGGUUUGGAGGAAGUGCCAGCAGCAUGGCGGCGUGUGUGACACAUCCCCUGGAUCUGGUCAAGGUUCGGCUACAACUACGCGCCCCCGAUGCACCAAAAAACAUGACCGGCACCUUGAUGCAUAUCGUCCGGUCAGAGGGUGUCACCGGUCUAUACCGGGGUCUGACAGCCUCCCUCCUGCGACAAAUGACCUACUCGACCGUCCGCUUCGGCGUCUACGAGGAACUCAAGCGCCGGGCUGUCCCCGAGGGCGAAAAGCCAUCUCUCCCAUUACUCAUCGGCCUGUCCGCCUUCUCCGGGGUGCUCGGCGGCAUAUCCGGCAACGCCGCGGACGUCACCAACGUGCGGAUGCAGCAGGACUCCGCCCUGCCGCGGGACCAGCAGCGCGGCUACCGCAACGGCCUGCACGGCAUGUACCGCAUGUUCCGCGAGGAGGGUUUGCGCUCGUGGUUCCGCGGCGUCGGCGCCAACAGCAUGCGCGCCGCGCUCAUGAACGCCUCGCAGCUCGCCAGCUACGACACGUUCAAGGUCAUGCUUAUGACGCACACGCCCCUGGGCGACACCACCACGACGCACUUUGCCUCGUCCCUGCUCGCGGGCUUCGUCGCCACCACGAUAUGCAGCCCCGUCGACGUCAUCAAGAGCAGGGUCAUGAGCGCCAGCGGCAAGCAGGGCAUCGCGAGCCUGCUCUCCGAGAUCUACGCCAAGGAGGGCGUCCGGUGGAUGUUCAAGGGAUGGGUGCCCGCCUUCUUGCGUCUGGGACCUCAAACAAUCUGCACAUUCCUCUUCCUUGAGGCCCACCGCAACGCGUACAGGAAAUUCAAGGGUCUCGAUGCUUAAGACACCCGGCCCUCCUGCCGUCUGGCGUGAAAAGACUAGGCGGUUGCGCCGGGCGGGACUCAGGCCAGUGUGGCAAUGGAGACAGCAUGGUUGAUUGGACUUUGUUUGGAUUCACAUUCAAAUAGGGCACGGCGUUCAUGGGGGUCACUUUUUUUCCCAUUUCUUUUUGGGGGUUUUCUUUUCUCCAUAGACUUUGGCCGUGCAGUUGUGGUAGCAUUGCAUUUUUUCUUUACCCGGUGGUGCCAGUUGAGGCAAGCACCCCCCGGGAGAGGGAAUAUACGCAUAGAGAUAUAUAUAUACCAGUAUACAGGGCAAGUCUCAGGACGUCCAAAACAU